UUCGUAUUAGACCUCGAGUUGUGUGACGUAGAGAUGUUAAAUAGAUUAGUAGAAAUUCCCAUUAAUAAAUGGUCAACAUUACGUGAUUUGUAUACAAAACGUAAAGAUCGUGCAUCAUGUUAUAAUUUAUUACAAACUUUUAUAAAUUGGAAGAACCAGGAACCCGAGCUACCCCUGACCAUCUAUUCACUGAACGGCGAUUGGGAGUCCGAUGGUACAUUCGUUGCCAAGUUUUUUAAUCAAAUAUUUUUCAAUACGUGCGGAGAGAAUCUGCAACAUAUGUUAAAAGCUUUAAAGUGCUUGGACUCAUCGGAAUAUUAUGUAUUAGCUGGGUAUCAAGACUUUUUGGUACCAGUUGUGAAGCAAUAUUUAAGGGACUGUGGAGUGGAUGAGCAAGAAUAUAACCCUACGAGUACGUUUUGGUAUCAUAUACCCAAAGAGCAGGCUAAACAAUUUACAAUCGAUCCUCCCAACAAUAUACAACUAAAGCCUCUAGAAGAAUGUCACGUUGAACAGAUAAAUAACUUAUGGUCCCACAGGUUACCAUAUUCAAUUGAAUUGAUCAGGACACUAAUACGCCAUAAUGACUCGGUUGGUUUAUUUGAAGACGACCAACUGGUGGCAUGGUGUUUAAUACGUCCUUUGGGGUCUCUUGGACUGCUGCGUGUGUUGGAUACUCACAAACGCAGGGGACUCGGCAAUUUGGCAGUGCGUUACUUGUCCAAAGUUCUGGCCGAAAAAGAUAUUGAAGUGGCUGCUACGGUGGUUUUUGAUAAUGUGCCAUCAUGUUCCAUGUUUGAGAAACUGGGUUUCAAAGUUAUUGAUAAAGUGUAUUGGGCCGAUAAGCCAGCUAAUAAAUGAA